AUGGAUAUUAGUUCUCCCCUCCUGUUAUCCUUUUCUAAAUUUUCAUUUUCUAUUCAUGAUAUUCUUUCAUUUAUUUGUUGUUUUCAUUUCUGUUUUAUUAUGAUUUUCUCUUUGUAUUUCUUCAUUUCCUUUUCUUUUUCCCCUAAUCUUUGCAUUUAUAUUAUUUUAACACACGUUCUUUUUCUUUCUUUCAUUUGUUAUAACGGUCCCUUUGUAAUAGUUUACCUUCUUUCUCUCCUAAUAAUCAAUCAUAUUAUUUCAUUCUUUCACGUUUUUCAUCUUUUCGUAGAAAUUUUCAGUUUUAUUUCUUCUCUUCAGAUUUCUUCUUUUCAUUUAUUCAUUUCCCCUUUUCUUUCUUUCGAUUCUUUCUGUCUUUUUUGUUUCUUCAUUUAUAUUUUAAUUUAUUCACCUUAUUCCAUUUUUCUUCAAACUUCUCAUCUCUUGAACUUCCUUAUUUCACUUUCUUUUGCAUCUUUCUUUUCGUCUUGUUCUCAUUUCUUUCUUAUAAAUUCUUUUCUUUCUUUUUCUUUUUCUCAAUUUUUCUUUCUUUCCUUUAUCAAUUUUUCUUUCUUUCCUUUCUUUCCUUCUUUCUUUCCUUUCCUUCUUUCUUUCCUUUCCUUCUUUCUUUCCUUUCUUUCUUUCUUUCCUUCUUUCUUUCUUUCUUUCUUUCUUUCUUUCUUUCCUUUCUUUCUUUCCUUUCUUUCAUUCCUAUCCUUCUUUCUUUCAUUCUUUUCCUUCUUUCUUUCUUUCCUUUCCUUCUUUCUUUCCUUUCUUUCUUACGAAUGUUCCUUUCCUUCUUUCCUCAUUGCAAAUUCUGUUUUUCUUUCUUUUUAUUAUAAAUUCUCCUUUAUUUUUCUUUAUUUCUCUUUUUUAAUUCUCUCUGUCUCUCUCUCUAUCUCUGUCUCUCUCUCUCUAUCUCUCUCUCUCUCUCUCUCUCUCUCUAUUUCUUUUUUUUAUUUCCUCUACAUUCAUAUAUAUUUUUACUCACUUUUAAUGUUUUCUAUUUUAUUCGCAUUCAAUUUACCCUUUUUCUCUCUGUCUGCAUUUCCUUCCAUUCUUCCCUCUAUCUUUGUCUCUUUCUUUCUAUUGUUUUUAAUGCUAUAA